AUGCUUGGAACUUGGGUAUUAUCGCUGGGUGUGAUCUGCCUGCUACAGUGUUCCGUGUCUGGGGAGCCACGUCCUGAUUUCGCACUCCAAGCUACAGUAUAUGGCACGGGACGACUUGGGACCGCGAUCGUUGCAACCCAGUCCACCGUUACGGACAUCCAAGCCAACCUGCAAAUCACACUCAACUCCACCUUUCCGGGACUGUCGGACCUGCUUCAGCUCACACAGGAAGUCGGCGAGACGGUCACCACACUGCUGGGAAAUGUAUUGAACCCUCUGGUGUCACUUGCACCCUCGAGAGCCUCGGCAGAUGUGAGCCUGUUCAAUACCGUGCUUGGAGAAAUUGUGUCUUUCCGCAAUUUCUUAUCCACUCGCUUAAAUGCGAUCAACGUGCAGAUGGGUUCCAUAGUAAGGAGUGGCUCCCUACCGUCGCAGCUUGCUGAAUCUUUGGGGCGUCUUGGUAACGGUCUGCUACUGUUGGCCAGAGCCCUGGAAGCACUUCAAAGCGCGGUUUCAGCGGUUCUCGGCCUGAACAGUGGGGAGGUCAACGUGUGCUCUCCCACGUCCAUUCGACCGAAGCUGGUGUAUGCGGUAGUAUACGAGUUGCGCACUGUGAGGGCCUACCUCCCGCUGGUAACGUACGUGCUCACCAGAACGGUAGAAAACAUUGCGCUAGCCGAUCAGUACGUGGUACGCCUUUCUGGGGAAGCCCAGAACGUGCAGGAACCGUUGCAAUACGUAAAUCUGGUAACUGCUGCUACCAGCUCCGUUGGCACUGCAGUGAACAACGGCGCUUUUACGCUAGUUACCCGGUUUAACACCGUCCAGAGCGAAGUGUCAGCAUUGAACAACAUAGGCUCACUGAUGGCAUACGGCAAGGUGGUACAAGUGUUGUCCUCCUUCAACACCACGCUGGGACAGUUUAAUGGGCUCGCGUCAUCGUUGACCUCAUCGCUGGCGGACAUUGCCCAACAGUUGCAGAAUGCGCUGGUGCCUAAUGCAGGCACACCGACGGUGAACAACUCGGAGGUAGUAGCCGCCCUGGUGCGUACACUCGUUGCCAACGGUCCGUACGCACGGUACUGCUUCUACAAGUACGAGGAGCUAGUAUUUGGACUCGCCAACACCGGUCUGCUAGGCGUGGAAGCUUGCGUUAGUAAGGAAGUGAUGCGACUUCAGCAAUUGCGCGCCACAUUGCUUGCAACGGUUCCGCUGCUAAUGUACGAUCUGGAUGACUUCACCGCCGAGCUGAGCGUAUGCAAUUCUACGUCAAACGCUUCCUCGCGUAAUGACUGUGUCGAUAUGGUCGCUGGUUAUUACCUUGGAGUAGCAAGUAACUUCCGAACCACAUUGUUUAACAUGUACUCUAUCGGUUCGACGGAGGCUCGUGCUAGUAGAAAUCGACUAUUGGCUUGUGUGCGGGUGCUGCAGUACGAGAUUGUGGACGGCGAGGGACAAUCCCUGAAGACCGACAUUCAGCGCUGUGCUCAGAAUGGACCGUAA